AUGGCAAAUGGCGUAGCCAUAGGUAGGCCGGCGACCCCUCCAAUAAUAAGAAUAACAAUUCCAGAAUCGGAUGUUUACGAACAUCCGCGUGGAGUGACCUCCAAAGUCGUACAAGAAGAAAAAACCGAAGGGGUUAAUAAAAAUAUCGAUGGUGUAAAUAAUUUAAACGAUGAUGAUAAACAAACAACAACAACAACUGAAAAAAAUGAAGAUUCUACCGAUGGUGGUUUUAAUGUUCCUCUUUCAAACAAACAUAGAAAAAAUUCUAUUUCACUUCCGGCUGCACUAGACAAUUUGGACAUUCAGAAGUAUAUGACAGAGUGA